AUGGCGCGCACACCGGGUACUGAUCAGCCACGUCGUGGUGAUUCAUCAUCACCAUCGCCUCUUAUUCGAGUCGAGCCAGCGGUGUUCCAACCUCUUCCUCAAAUCUCAGCCAAACCCGGGAAUCGACGCACAGUCGUCAAAGAUUGGCGCUCAAUUGGCGAAGAAGACCUGUCUUACAGAUGCGAAGUUUGUGAGAGCUGGAUCGAGGGAUCAAGUAUCCAGUGCAGACAAUGCAAAGCGCGCAUCUGUCCCGAGUGUUUGAACAUUGGUGGCAAGAGCUCUCCGCGCUGCAGAGCCAUGGCGCGGGACUACGAGCAGAAAGGAUGCUGGUGUGGCAUCGAUGGCAACUUCAACAUGGAGUUCGCGACCACAAGUUCUGCUGAACAAAUCAACAAGCGAAAGCGCGAGUCCGUGAAUCCAUACGAGUACAAUCACGAAGGCUUCUCCAACGCAAAGCUCGGCAUUAAUGCGCGAUAUUCCACGGCCGCUAUGCCCGAGUUCCUGCCGUUCAGCCAGCCAUUGUCCAAGAAGUUCAAGCUCACAAAAGAGUCAGCGACGCCAUAUGAGCACCUGGACAAGACCACCACUGUGGUCAUUGGCAGCGGCAUUGUCGGUCUGCUCAUCACAUACCAGCUGGCCACAGAGGCCAAGCUCACCGACACAGAUCUCCGAAUCAUCGUACUCGACAUUAACCGGAAAUCGUGCACUCUGUCAAGCCAGCAGUGCGUUGGUCUCCUCUCGGUUGACGCAAUGGACGAGAGAUGGGCACCUCUGGGCCACGACUUUCUCCGGCGCUGGCAGGAGCUUGAGGUGAUGAGGGAUCCCAACACCGAUCUCGACGCGCAACAAGAUCCGCGCAUCAACACUCAGACGACAGCAGCCUGGUUGAAGGAGCGCUGCCAGGAUCUUGGUGUGGAGUUCUGCUUCGGGAUUCAAGCUUACGGUGCAACUGAGGAUCGCCAUGGUCGGAUUUCGAGUGUUGAGAUUGGCAUGAUUGGGGUCGGUCGUCCCACAGAAAGUAUCCCAUGCUCUAAUCUGGUCGUGGCCGCUGGACCGUUUACGCCGCAAGUCUACGCCAGACUUUUUCUAAACUCUCAGCUCUGUCUCGAGAACAAUGUUCAGCGAGUCCAGAAGCUCCAGCUGGAAAAAGUUCGCAUGCGCGGGAAGGGCGAUAACAUCCUCGCCACCGGCAUGAAGGCACGAGAGUACGACGGAGAUAUGACGAUCGUCAUCAACGCCAAUGAGCAUACUGGUGAUGUGUACAUGACCGAGAAACAUGACGGUAACAAUGUUCUCGGAGUUGCAGACGCCCUGAAACACAACAAAGGCACUGCACUCUCUUUGUUGCAACUGGCUGCAAAGCACGUUGUAUCCUCUCAAGACGGGGAUGGGAUCAAUGAAAGCCACCUCGUCGACAAGUCUCGCUCCACAGUCAGCACGGGAACUUUCGGCUGUCCCGUCAUCGGCGCAGUGCCUAAAGGGCCAAAGACGCCUGGAGACUCCGCGGGGGUGUUCCUAGCCUAUGGCUUUGGGAUGUUCGGCACUACGGUGGCACCUAUCGUAGGAGAGAUCAUCACAGCACUAGUCUGUGGUAAGGCUGCGUCAAUCUCGCUAUUGGACUUUCAAAUCCUCACAGUCCCGCAAGUUGCCAAGCUCAACGCCCAACGCAAGGCUGCAGCGAACAAGGCUGCGAAAGUCAAGGCAAAGGCUGACGCAAAGGCAAAGGCUCAAGCCAGCAGAGUCGCAAAGAAGAACGGGUCAAAGGGAGAAGCCAAAGCACACCCUGCUGCUCUUCUCAAGCCUAAGGACGAGAAGAAAGGAAAGGAGCAGGUUGCUGUCGCGGCAAAUCCUAGGCCGUUAAGAAACAGCAAGACUAUGGUCAGCAGUGUGCCGAAGAUCACRGAGCUCAAGAAACCUGCGCUCAAGGAGAAACAGAACGCUGGCCAGGCCGCUGCUUUGAAGGAUGGAAAUCGUAAAGGCGCGCGCAGGACACCAUCGAGUGCUGCAAUCAAGGCCAAGUCGACAAGCAAGGUUGCAGAGCAGCCAUCGCUCCCGGACUCCAGCAAGCAAAAGUACACUCGCAAUCCACGAUCCGGUUCCACCGCCGAGGCAGCACCGGCCAAGCAAACAACACCCAAGCCCACCAAAGCCAAGGCACGAACUACCACCGAGGACACACGACCCAAGGUGAAGAUUCGAAUCGCUUCUUCAGCCACUAGUGGGUCACAGGCCAAGAAGACUGUCGAACCCGCCGAAGGCAAGACCAAGCGGAAGACGAGAUCUUCUCAUCCUGAUGCCACAGUUGACAGCAAGGAGAUCGUGUCGGGACCUGCGCCUCCGAGGCGUAAAUCUAGGAUGCCGAGUAAUGGACCUGGCGCAGCGGAGGACGAGGAAGCAGAGAAGGAGGAGGAGGAGAAGGGAAAGGAAGCUAUCGCUGGUGCGCAGAAGGGAAACGGAAAGGGGAAGCAGAAGGGCCGCAAGUAG